AUGCCAGCUGCCAUCCCCUUCUUCUUCUCCUUCUUCUCUUCCUCUUCUUCUCUCAUCUCUCUCUCUCUCUCUCUCUCUCUCUCUCUCUCCCUCUCUCUCUCUCUCACACCAAUGCUCACUCCUCCCACCACCGACACCAUGACCGACCAACUCUCCAACCAAACUUCCAUCUUCGGCCUCCGUCUCUGGGUUGUCCUCGGCGUCUCUGUCGGUGUCGCCAUCGUCCUCCUCCUCUUCCUCAUCUCCAUCUGGCUCGCUUACAAACGCAACAACAACAAUAAAACCUCCAAAACCUCCAAAACGUUAAAAACUUCUAUCCCAAACAUCUCCAAAGAGAUCAAAGAAAUCAAACUCGAAGUCCUUCCUUCGAAUAAUCCACAACCCGACCCGUUCCCUGAACCCGACCCACUCUCAUCCACCGAACAUCACCACCUAGAAGAAGAAACUCCCUUGAGUUACAAGAGAAUUCAGCUUGAGAUAGGAAAAAACCAUAGAAUAUCUUACCCUGAACAACGUGCUUCUUCGAGAGCUAGUAAUAAUUCUCAUGAAAAUAGUGGAGAAUCUCGACCGUUGGAUCAAACUCCUACUGUGAUACCUCAAGUUUCUCAUCUCGGUUGGGGUCAUUGGUAUACUCUUAGAGAGUUAGAAGAUGCUACCAAUGCUUUUGCUCCUGAUAAUGUUAUUGGUGAAGGUGGUUAUGGAAUUGUUUAUCAUGGUAUUUUGAAGAAUAACACUCAAAUUGCUGUUAAAAAUUUGCUUAAUAACAGAGGACAGGCUGAGAGAGAGUUUAAGGUCGAGGUUGAAGCUAUAGGACGAGUUCGUCAUAAGAAUUUAGUGAGGUUGCUUGGUUAUUGUGCUGAAGGUGCUCACAGAAUGCUAGUGUAUGAGUUUGUUGAUAAUGGUAACUUGGAGCAAUGGUUACAUGGUGAUGUUGGGCCAUGUAGUCCAUUAACAUGGGAAAUUCGAAUGAAUAUUAUUCUUGGAACAGCGAAAGGGUUGACUUAUCUUCAUGAGGGGCUAGAACCGAAAGUCGUUCACCGUGAUAUUAAAUCGAGCAACAUUUUGCUUAGUAAGCAGUGGAAUUCAAAGGUUUCUGACUUUGGUCUUGCCAAACUCCUUAGCCCUGAUAGCAGCUAUAUUACGACCCGUGUCAUGGGAACAUUUGGAUAUGUAGCUCCUGAGUAUGCAAGUACUGGAAUGUUGAAUGAACGAAGUGAUGUAUAUAGUUUUGGAAUUCUUAUUAUGGAAGUGAUUACCGGAAGGAAUCCAGUUGAGUAUAGUCGUCCUGCAGAAGAGGUGAAUUUAGUUGAGUGGCUGAAGAAGAUGGUUGGUAACAGAAAUCCUGAGGGAGUGUUAGAUCCAAAGCUUCCAGAGAAACCAACUUCGAGAGCCCUAAAGCGAGCUCUUCUUGUAGCCUUACGAUGCACCGACCCUAAUGCACAAAAGCGACCUAAAAUGGGACAUGUAAUACACAUGCUUGAAGCUGAAGAUUCCCCUUACAAAGAGGAUCGCCGAGCUAGAAGAGAGGCAGCAGGACAGUCACCUAUUGCCAGAAUAGACGAUAGAUUGAAAGAGGAGGCCACUGUAUCUGUCGAUGAUGGUGUACAUGAAAAUGAGAAUUCUACAAGUGAGACAAGUUCAAAUCAUGAAAUACAGAAACAAUAA